AUGAAUUUACAAUCAUUUUUCGCCCAAAUAUUGGCCACAAUUGGUUUCUAUCACUCAGACAAACCGUUUUCGCUGAAUAUUAUACAACCGGUAACCGACGGGCCGUACGGCACCGGCGGACCCGAUGGGCCCAUAUAUCCACUGUUCACCACAUCGACCGCCGAUUACGGUGGAGAUCUGGUCACUCAGUAUCAGACAAAAUGCGGUUUACCAGCGAAUAUGACACGAAUGAGUGGCACAAGAAUCGUGGGCGGAGUGGAUGUGUCUAUCAGUGACUAUCCCUGGCAGGUGUCACUCCAACGCUGGUCACCCAUCUUCGGGUCCACACACUUUUGCGGCGGUUCUCUCAUUCAUCCCAAAUGGGUUAUGACAGCCGCUCACUGUCUUGAAUGGGCGUUCAACGGCGAGACCCGAAAGGCGAUGACUGGCGAACUAAGACGGGUUCGGGUGAUCGCCGGGUCGGAGACUAUUGCCCCUCCGGCCACCAAUAGCCUAACCUUACGUAUAACCGAUGCUAUACUUCACCCGCAGUACGAGUCCCGCCGUGGGCUCAACGAUAUCGCACUCAUAGCCCUGGAAAAGCCCGUCAGAGUUCUGGCCAGAGGUCUGGCCAUUAACACUGUCUGUUUGCCGACCGAUAAGAAUAUGGUAAUAAACAAGAGGUUAAUCACCACCGGUUGGGGCACAACACAGGAAAACGGCGACGACUCCAUUGACCUGAAAGCCGUUGAGUUACCCCUCGUGCCCGCAAAACAGUGCAAAGAGAUGUACGGCCGGGGCUUCUCACCAGAGCUGGAAAUAUGUGCCGGUUCUGAGGGCAAGGACUCGUGUCAGGGUGACUCUGGAGGCCCUCUAAUCCAAAGAGACCGCACGGGAAGGGCUACUGUUGUGGGCAUAGUGUCGACGGGCAACGGGUGCGGUCGCCCCGGAUAUCCCGGUCUCUACACCAAAGUUCCCGCUUUUAUUGAUUGGAUCCGUAAUAUAAUUAAUUGA